GUGAGUUACUUGGGAGCAAAACUUCACAGGCCGCGCAUGAUUGCUCUGGGAUGUGCUGCCAUGGGUUUGGGAUGUAUUUUGAUAGCCCUGCCUCACUUUCUGAUGGGGAGGUACCAAUAUGAGAACACCGUUUCCUCUUCUGAAAAUGCGUCUUCAAGCAUGGCAGUUUGCCUUGCGAAUCAGAGUGACAUUUUCAAGUCUGCCAAACUACCUUCAAAAGAAUGUGAAAAACAAGAUGGAUCUUCUUUGAUGUGGGUAUCUGUGAUGGUAGGAAACAUCAUACGAGGAGUAGGUGAAACUCCCAUCACGCCCUUGGGCAUCUCCUAUAUAGAAGAUUUUGCAAGGACAGAAAAUUCGCCAUUCUACAUAGGCUGUCUACAGAUAGCAACUGUACUAGGUCCUUUAUUUGGUUUAAUGAUUGCCUCCUAUUGCGCCCAGUUAUAUGUGGAUAUUGGAUUCAUAAACCUGGAGGAGGUGAUGAUAAGCCUCACGGAUGCUCGUUGGGUCGGGGCUUGGUGGCUGGGCGUCCUAGUAUGUGCUGUUGUGAAUUUCCUUGUGGCAGUCCCAUUCUGGUUUUUGCCCAAGACCCUGAUAAAAGAAGGGGAGGAAAACAACACUGAUGUAACAGCCAAGAGAAACAAAUCACUCUUGCAAGCAGGAAACACUGGCCAGGCCAAAAUGAAAUUGCGUGAAAUUACCAAGGAUUUUGUCCCCUACCUGAAAAAUCUCUUCCACAAUCGGGUUUACAUGCUUUUCCUUUGUGUCACUGUGAUCCAAUUCAGUGCUUGGAUUGGGAUGUUUACUUUUAUGCCAAAGUACCUGGAGCAGCAGUAUGGAAUAUCUGCAUCCGAUGCCAUUUUCUUCAUAGGUGUAUACAAUUUACCAAUUAUAUGUGCUGGAUAUUUUUUUGGAGGCCUGAUGAUGAAAAAGUUUAAGAUAAGCACAUAUCAAGCUGCCCACAUAGGUUUUUGGAGCUCCUUGAUUGAGUAUCUCAUCUACUUUUCUGCUUUUUCCAUGGUCUGCAAGAACUCUUCUGUUGCUGGUUUAACUAUCUCUUAUGAAGGGAUAGAUGAACUCUCCUACACAGAAUCAUACUUGCAUGCUGACUGUAACCGCCACUGCAAUUGCUCAACUAAAGUUUGGGACCCUGUUUGCGGGGAGAAUGGAAUUACGUAUGUUUCUUCAUGUCUUGCUGGAUGUGGCAUAUCAAAUGGAACUGGGAAAAAUACAGUCCUUACAAACUGCUCCUGCAUUUCAGCACCAGGAUUUCUAUUGGGAAAUGGCUCAGCAGUGCCAGGACAGUGCAGCAGAGGGGAGAAAUGUGACACGAUGCUGCAUUAUUUCUUAAUUCUAUCCUUAAUCUGCUGUUUAAUUUAUUCUUUUGGAGCCAUGCCAGGUUACAUGGUUCUAAUAAGGUCCCUAAAACCUGAGGAGAAGUCAUUUGGGGUUGGCCUCCACUCCCUGACAGCAAGACUUUUUGCUGGAAUCCCAUCACCUAUAUAUUUUGGAGCUAUGAUUGACACCACAUGUUUGAAAUGGGGCACAAAGACAUGUGGUGGGCAAGGGGCAUGUCGGAUGUAUGAUUCUGACACAUACAGACUAUUGUUCCUGGGCUUGCCAUCAGUUCUCCGUGGAGUGUCCUACAUCCCUUGCGUGUUUAUACUCCUCAGUUUAAGGAAGAACCAGACAAGGGAGAACCUAGAGUUGGAAGCCAAAGAAGAGGAAAGUGAAGAAAUUGAGCAGAAGAAUAUAGCUGCAUUUUGGAAAUGUAAAGAGCCACAGCAAGAGACAGUAGAAACAACAGCUUAUGAAAAUGUGGACUUCAGAAAAGACUGAUGAGAAACACCUGUAUCCCAAAGAAAUGAGCUGUAGGCUGUCAUAAUGUAUUUGUGUCCCCUGUAACAAUAUUUGAAGAAUAUACAAGUUUUAUACACCAGACAGUAGUGGGAAACUAAAAUGGAUACAUUUCUACCGUUAAGGUUGUAAGAAAUAUGUAACUUCUAAUACAAUGUUCUGACCUGUGGGUAUUCUGUGUGUAUGCAUGCAUUUUAAUUAUUAUUAUUUCUCUUGUUAUUUCAAAAUUUCUUCAAAAGAAUGGAAGGGUAUAUGAUGAGGCCUGAUUGAUUUUUCUGCUGUUUUAACAUAGAACAUUAAUGCUGUGGCUUGAUUGCACAAUCAGACUCAAAAUCCCAUAUAUUGUAUUACCAACUCAUCUCCCAGACAGUUCCUGCAUUUCACUUUUAGAGAUCAGUUAGCACAGAAUAAUGGCUUCGAUUUGGAAAGGACCUUGUAAUUUAAAUGACAUAUAAAGUCCAGAUUUCUAAAAUUUGUCUACUAUUGCUGAAUUCCUCCAAACCAUUAGUUAAUCCACUAUUGUAUAUAGUCACACACUUGUCUAAGUAUAUAUUCCUGUGCUGGAAUUUAAUCUAAGAUAAGGAACACCUCUUCAUUGUCUUUUUACUCUACCAGUUUAGCUUUCAAACUCAAAGGAGGAAGCCUUUGAAACUAAUUUCAACUAGUUUCCUGGUUUUAAAACUAGCUCCUUAAGACCCAAGGCAUUUGUUCUUCUUCUGAUACCUACCAAAAGAAUGGAAGGAAAUAUGACUUAGUUUCCUGGAGCUACCAAACUAGUCUGAUGCAUCUACUAGGGCUUAGUUCCAGACAUAAGCUGGCUACAUUUAUAGUGCCUUUAUGGUACAAUUGAUAGCACUGUGGAAAAAGUCUCAUUGAGGUCAUUGACUGAUACUUAAGGACAGAGAACAAGUUCAUACUCCUUGUUUUUAAAUAACAAUUUACCUUAUUUUUACACCCUGCGUGGGCAAAACCUACCAUUCAGGGCAUAGAACAUUCUCAGCAACUGCAGAACAUUCCAUUCUUCCCCUGAAUCACAAGAUCUGAUAGACGAAUGGCAAUUUUCUGGAAGGUAAUCCUCUGAAUUUACAUGAACCAAAACUAAAUUAUGGUUAGAAACUCUGUCAUCUCCUAAUCUUUAUACAGGUCUCCCGUCAAAAACUUGUCUCCAUUGUCCCAGAUCUUGCCAAAAGGCGAUUCAAACGAAACAAGGGUUCUGAGCUUCAUUUUCCCAUAAUAGUAAUGCAAUCCACUUCCUCAUAAGCCAGAAUUAAAAACCUCUUCAGCAUUUCUCUCUUGUUACUUGUUUUGUGCCAAGGUACCCUGGGAAACUGUGAAAGAUACACUAUGUUAAGUCUCACAGUGCAGAGAAACGAGUCUUUGUUACUUCGUCAACACAGUUUGAUGUCUCCCCGCCCUCUGUCCCAUUUUACUUGAGGGUUGCCAAGAAUUUUGCAGCCCUUGGAUGACUCUUACAAAGCCAGUGAAUGGUUCAGAGGAACUAAGACACCAAAUGUUUGCGUAACAGUUGGAAGCAAUCAGUCUUCUAUAGAGAGUGAACCUCUGCUUAGCUCCUGUGGCCUAGACGGUUUCCAGUUUUUUUGAAAUCUCAACUUCCAUCCUUCUGAACGUUCAUACAUUUUUCUCCCAGUUUGCAGUGUGUGUGGCUGUGUGUGUAAGAGAGAGUUGUUGCU